AUGGAGCUCCUGCGACAAGGAAGCUCAGAGACGAACCGUGGGGGCGCAUCUACUAGCAACAUUCCUGUGAUUAGGAAUAAUGAACAUAUUGAGGAUAGAGAAUCAGAACCUAGGAGAAGUAAGAGAACUAGAGUUGCUAAAGAUUAUGGUUCUGAUUUCUGUGUCUAUACAUUAGAGGAGGAUCCUGCUAACCUCCAAGAAGCCUUGUGCUCUUUAGAUGCUGACCUCUGGCAAGAAGCAAUAAAUGAUGAGAUUGAGUCUCUUGAGUCUAACAAAACGUGGCACUUAGUUGAUUUACCUCCUGGUUGUAAGCCUAUAGGUUGUAAGUGGAUCUUGAAAAAGAAAUUGAAGCCCGAUGGUACUGUUGAAAAAUACAAGGCUCGUUUGGUAGCCAAGGGUUUUAGGCAGAGAUAA